CAAUGUCUGAGGAGGCUUCGAAAAAUUCGUAAGUGGUGUGGUGUUCGUGUGCACGGUGAGGAAGAGAAAACGUCGUCGUUGAUUGUCGAGGAAUUGGUUUUGCCGCGUAAGUCCAGCUCGCGCCUUUUACCCCUUUCCCGCCGUCAGGCUCGAGACGACGUUCGUAUAGUGGUUUCAUUAUCGAAAGCAGAGGUGAACAACGACGGUGACGACGACCUCCCCUCGAGCAACGUCGACACGGACGACGACGAAGACGUCCACGUCGGCGUCAGCACGGUCGAAGCUUGUUUUUCCGCCUAGGAAAGCGGUGUUUGCAACGAAGCGUGCACAAGCCUGGCAAGUCGAUAACGUCGGGCCUGACAAGUCAAGAAGCGCCAGGAGUGACGAGUAGUGACAAGAUUCAAAGUAUAUCGAGAAAGAUAGAGCGAGCGAGAAAGAGUGGUAGUGGAGGAGGUGAGGCAGUAGCGCUUCCCCCGCAUACUCGAAAAGUUCGAGCGUAGAAGUGAGAGAAAACAGUGGAGAGAAUAAGAGAAGCAAGAGAAAGGAAGAAAAGCGAGAGAGUGAGAGAAACGAAAAGAGACGAUUGACGACUACGCCGUUAGACCGAAAAAGAGAGAACGAUUGGGAGAAGUGUACGAUGUAAGAACGACAAGCGUCGUAUAGGUGUAUCGUCAUUGAGAGAAGAAAAAUUCAAAGUGUUGCGGCUGUUGUAGAAGCCACGGUGGCGAGUUACAUAGAAAGAUCACCAACGACGAAGAAAUCCGACCCGUCAGCCGGAUCAUCGUGGAGUUGUACUAUAUAGGAAGGCAAGCAAGUGCGGCGGUGUGCCUCCACUGGCGAACGUGUACGAACCGUUCCGAAAACGUCAACCCCUGCCUCCCCUCGCGGCAUAGCUCUCCGCAACACUCCGCGCCCCCGUCAGGUUAUUAGGUAGUAGAACCGCACUUCUCGGUGCGUGAUACUCCCUGACAGUCAGCGGUUAAUACGAAAGAUUGUCGCAAAUUGUGUCAAUUCGUGUAGUUGGACGCUAUCGACGCGGCGUAUAUCAUAUUUAUUGGUGGAGAAUCGACUAGAUUCCCCAAGGGAAAAGAGAGCAUCGAGUGAAUCGCGUAUCGCGACGGUCAAGUCUAUCGCGCGAAGUUGCUUGUGCGAACGGAGCGUAUAACCCAGUGUGCGUUGUUAGCGACGAACGUUUUGAUUGUGAGAGUCGCUGCCGUCACUACCAUUGCCACGCUACAUCGUCAGCGGUUAACAGGAGCGUAAUUCGUUGAAGAAAGUGUCGAGAAAGUGAUCAAAAAUUUCGGCAACCACCGUUUUCCAUUUUCUUUAUUUUAGUGAUUCGAUUAAUCAUCGUGAAGGAGCACACUGCUCUCCGACGUGGUUUCCGUUUUCUGGAUCUUGCGCGCGCUUUGCUCGCUCGUAGCUCUUCCCCCCCAUCUAUCCCUCCUACUCCCUCCCACCCUUCCUCUCUUUUUCUUUCUCUCCCUCCAUCCAUCGAUCGAGCGCGGCCGUGGCGUAAUAUAGAAGAACCGAACCGUGCGGACGUGCAUGCGUGCGUGCGAUGUAAUUAUCGUUCGUGCUGUCAUUGAUGUCCGAGGUGGUGUCGACGACGACAAUAACAACGACGACGGCGACGACGACGACGCGCUGCUGGCUAUCUUCACGUGAGGAAGUGCCACGGCCAGCCGAGGCGGCGACCAGCAUAGGAAUAACCAGAAGCGGCGUUUUAUUCUAAAAAGAUUUGAGUGUCAGGUGGCGGUGGAGAAUCGGGUCAAGAAGAUUUCAGAAUGAGCAGCCGACCGAGGACCACCUCCUUUGCCGAUUGCACCAACGCGCCCACGAAUCCACCCCUGGGUGGCAUGAGAGUCAGCAGUCAUCCGGCUGGUGGUGUAACUUUAAAAAAAGGCGGUGUGAUGUAUAAUGCAGAUAGAGAUGGCAACAAAGUCACAACUGUGGUGGCUACACCUGGUGCGGGUCCAGAUCGUCCCCAAGAGAUCUCCUAUACAGACACUAAAGUAAUCGGCAACGGCAGCUUCGGCGUUGUAUACCUAGCGAAACUAUGUGACACGGAAGAACUGGUCGCCAUCAAAAAAGUUCUCCAAGACAAACGAUUUAAGAACAGGGAGUUACAAAUCAUGCGGCGUCUCGAGCACUGCAACAUUGUAAAACUGAAAUACUUCUUCUACUCCAGUGGCGAUAAGAACAUCUUAAACGCAACUAAUCCAGUUUUUCAUGUGGACAAGGACGAGGUUUAUCUGAACCUAGUGUUGGAAUACAUACCUGAAACUGUGUAUAAAGUCGCUCGGCAUUAUAACAAAAGCAAGCAAACCAUACCGAUAAAUUUCAUUAAGUUGUAUAUGUAUCAACUGUUCCGCUCUCUGGCAUACAUCCACUCGCUGGGGAUCUGUCACAGGGACAUCAAGCCACAGAAUCUACUCCUGGACCCAGAAUCCGGUGUCUUGAAACUCUGUGAUUUUGGCUCUGCUAAACAUCUGGUCAAAGGAGAGCCUAAUGUGUCUUACAUCUGUAGUCGUUAUUAUCGCGCACCCGAAUUAAUCUUUGGUGCUAUCGAUUAUACCACGAAGAUUGAUGUGUGGAGCGCAGGCUGUGUGGUAGCUGAAUUGUUGCUCGGCCAACCGAUAUUUCCCGGAGAUAGUGGCGUAGAUCAACUGGUCGAGAUCAUCAAGGUGCUAGGCACACCUACACGCGACCAGAUACGUGAGAUGAAUCCCAACUAUACCGAGUUCAAAUUUCCACAGAUUAAGGCGCACCCAUGGCAAAAGGUGUUCAGGGCACGUACGCCUCCGGAAGCGAUGGAGUUGGUCGCUGGACUUUUGGAGUACACGCCAUCCGGCCGGAUCACACCGUUGGAAGCGUGCGCUCAUCCGUUUUUCGACGAACUUCGGGAGCAGGGGACUCGAUUACCAAAUGGGCGAGAGCUUCCCCCUUUGUUUAACUUUACAGAGUACGAGUUACGAAUUCAACCGUCGCUAAACUCUAUCCUAAAACCGAAGUACAUGCAGACUUCGGAAAACCCUGGAGGCCAGUCGGAACCGGUUGCGGGGAGUAGCGGUAACUCUAGUGAUAAUAACGUGAACACCAACACGCUGUCCUCUUCAAAGAACACAGACCCCGGCCAGUCGAACAUGGCUUAAGCUGCUUUCUAUUUUUAACGUUUAAUUAAACAACAAACGAUAGAAAACACGGCGAGAGAGUGAGAAAGAGAGAGGGGCGAGGGAGAAAGGGAAAGAGAGGAUGAGAGAAGGAGAAAAAGAGAGAGAUAUAACGAUAGAAAGAGAGGAAGCGAGAGUGAAAAAGAAAGGAAAAGUCAAGAAUUCGCGUGUUAGAAACUAGCCUUAAAAGAAACGAAAAAAGAAAAAAAUUCAAGUACGGUAUAGCAAGGACGAAAGAAAAAAAAAAGAAUAGAAGGAAGAUCGAUAUUCUUCUGAGGAGGAUGUCCAUAGACGAUAUAACAUACACAUAACACAAAGAAUCCCCAAUUGUACAUUUUUUUGAACUCUAUGCAAAUGGCGAUACCAGUGUGGUAUUUUAAGCUUUGUUCGCUUGAAACACGAACGACGAAAUAUUAUAGGAUUAUUAAAUAAAGAAGAUGAAUAGUUCCCCUCUUUAUAACGAUUUCGCCUGAGGACACCUCGAAUUCUGAGUGGCGUGUGCGAACGCUUGAUUGCCACCUUAUUGCCAAAAACAGCAUAACAAACAAUUCAAUUCAAUGUAUAUAUAUGUUAUAGAAACUGGCUCGUAACCUCUUUUAAUUGAUAAUUGCUAUAAACAAAGAAAGAAAGAAACAAAACAACAAAAAAAAAAAAGAAAGAUAAUAACGAACGCGAACUUUUUCUAGUUGAAGAAAAACCAAACAAUGUGUAAUCUAUGAUACACUAUGUCUAGUAGCGCGUUACGUUGCUUGCCUCGUCGUCAUCUCAUAAUUCGACAACACACACACACACACACACACACACACACACACACACACACACACACACACACACACACACACACACACACACACACACACACACACACACACACACACACACACACACACACACACACACACAAAACAGAUACACGAUCAUCGCGAUUAUUAAAGAGAUACAAGAGCCACCUGCCUUUUGACACGGGCUUCGACAAAUUUUAGUGAUUCAAGGAGAAAGAGAUCGCUAGAUUCUCAGCUUUCGCGAAGAACAGUAUGGGUAGGAACCGAGACUCGAACGUUUCCUCUUGAAUGCGUAACAACGAAGUGGAAAAAGGGAAAUGACGAAUGCAAUACUUAUCAUUAUAUUGUAUUAAAGAACACGCAUGUUACAUAGAUAAUAUUCUUAUUGUGUUCAAGAUUCAAACGCCGAUCGAUGCUGUCGCAACUGAUAGGGAAAUUUUCAUGCGGAGAAUGUCACGAUUGAACAUCAAACACAUACACAUAAACACACAUGUUAGUAAUUUGCGUGCACAAUCUCUAUCUAUCGUAAGACGAAUUUCCGCGACGUGAGACAUGCUGCGUAUACCAGCACAAUUAGCAGAAAAAAAAAGGAGAAAAAUAUGUCGGAAUACGAUCCUCUAUUUAAUGAAUGAAUUAACUCGAGUACACUAUUUGUUACGGAUUUAAUCGUCGUGCGAUUAUCAUUAUAUAUUUCUGUCGUUGGUCUUACCGAAUCCUCGGCUUCACCGAGCGAUAUUUUUCACCAUACGCGACAAAGCUCUGCGCAUCAGAGAGCGAUUUUCUUUUUAAAUGAUCACAACAAGUUGUUUUUUUCUUACGCCUGAAGUGCUUUAGAUUUUCGACAAAUUUCGAAUGUCCUCUUCUUUUUCCUGUAUCAGCGUGUGAACGACAGACGAUAAAAAAGUAAGAACAAGAUUUGUAAGCAAAUUAUGAAGUUAUCCUUUCGUGCGCAUCACCAUGCAUACUUUGUAUGCCGGCGAGAGAGAAAGCGCAGUCGUACGAGGCCUCUGAAUCGCUUCGAUCGAGAUUGUUGAACCUUUUUUAAUAUCUAGAUCGCUGUCUCGUCUAUGGUAGUCUUAGAGAAUUGUAAGACGAAAGAAGAGGUGUACGAAGGAAAUUUGUGCAUUUUGCGUGAUGAAUUUCAAUUCUGCGGAACGGUAACAAAACGAAAGAAAAGAACCCCUGAACCCUUCCGGGCAUGUCGCGCGUGACCUAGCCGCUAUUUUGCACGUUUCUACAUAUCAUAUCGCGCCGCAAGAAAUCACAAAAGAGAGGCUGCCGAUGAAAGUCCAUACCGAACGAUCAUUUAGUUCCUUUCUUUUUUCUUUUCUUUUUCCUUUUAGAGAGAGGGAAAAGACGAACGUUGAUUAAAAGAACAGGGAAAACUAAAAAGAAAGAAAAAAAAAAUAGAAUGGUAGAAGAGUGAGAACGUGGGAGGAAGUAUGAGUGGGAGAGUGAAAGGGACAGCAAGCGAGUGAGAAUGGGAGAGAAAGAGAAAUGCUAGGACAUUUAUGUCAGAGUUUUAAUGAACGUUGAUAUGAUGUAGAUUACGUUUUUAAAUAAUUAACACGGACGGUUUCCUUCGUUACUAGCUGAACAGUUAGGUGAAUUUAUCGAUUUCGUUUUUCCUCUAGUCUAAACACGCGAAAACGGAGGAAAAUACAUGAGAUUUUUGAUACACGAUCAUGAAAGUUACGAAGACGAGUUUUUGCGUUCUGACGACUGAAGGAUAAUUUGUCGUUUUUGCGUUGAAGAAGAAAAAAACAGGAUGUUCAGAUAUGUGUCGAUCGUGGCACUUUUAAUAAUGGUGGUAUCUUUCCAGCGCUUACUCGCACAUAAAUCCAUACGUAUUAAGUAUAUGCUAACAUAAUGGUCGCCUCUUCGUUUUUUGUUUAAAAUUAUACAAUGUAUUAUUUAAAUAAUUAUAUAACGAUUCGUUUCUUUCAAAGUUUAUGAACCUCUACCUUUGAUCACCAAAAACUCCAAGCGUACAUUGGAGAUUGCAUAGGCGCCAUUAGUUCUGCGUUUGCUUAAUAAUUGAGUCAUCAUUUUUCCGCCGUGAGAUAACGGAUCGCUUGAAAGAAACAUUAGGCAAGCUAUAUAGCUGUCGAGGACACCUCAAAGGAGCUCGAACAGAUUACAUAAGCAUGCGAUAUAGUUUUCAUAUAUGAUUGAAAAGAAGAAAUAUGUAAUUAUUGUAGAUUUAAAUUAUUUAUGUGUUCAGGCAGCAGCUGGCUUGAUGUAUCUUCGUUCUCCUUGUCGACCGACAUCUUGAAAAAAAGGAGACGUGAUAUCCGUGCGUAAAAACAAGAGGAAGAAUUAUCGACCGAACAGGUUCGAACGGAGAUUAUUAAUUUUGAUCUUCCUGACCGACAAGAAACUGAACAAUGGUCGUGAAUCUAACUGUGAAAAGUAGAACGAAAUAAAAUAGAUAAAGAGGAAACAAAAGUAAAAAAGACGAAUGUGAAAAAUUCAUGGACAACCUGAGGUAUAAAUUGUUGGUUAAUUGUCGUGAUUAUUCGAUUAAUAAAGAAAUUCAUCGAUUUAGUUCUAAUCCAGUCUUUCUCGUAUUGUACGAUUUUUCGUGCUUCGAACAUUAUUUCGUCACUGUUUAGAGAAGGCAGAAAGACAAUUCGUAGUCUGAGAUGAAGGAACAUAUGAUUAUCAUGAUAUGAGAAUCAUAUAUGAUUAAAGGGAUGAAAUCCACGAUAAAUUAGGUGAAUUAAAUUUGUAUUCCGUGCAAUUACUAGUGGAUGGAUACCGACAUUUUCUUAUUUUGCCUCGUAUUUGUUUUUGCUUCUUUCGAGAGACUCUCGCGUUAUUCCAUUACAAACAUACACGCAAACAUACAUUACACAGACAUUUGCAACAUGUAGAAAAAUCAUCAGGUGAGGGAAGAGCCCAUGUAAAAUACUGAAAGUCUAUAUAUAUAAAUACUUACAUAUAUGUGUGUGUAUAUAAUAUACAUAUACAUACGUAUAGGUAUAUACAUAUAAUACGUGCAUACGAUUCUAUUACGUAUAUGUGUGUACAUCUAUAUAAAUAUGUAGAUUAAUUUUUAACGAUAGCAGUUAACGAUAUUGCUGCAUUGUUGUAAAGAGAGAAAGAGGAGCUGAAUGGAAGAUGCGCGUGAGAGUGUGAAAGAGAUGGGAGUAAAUGAGAGUGACAUGGAGGGAAACACGAUUUAGACGGAGAGAAAGAGGAAAAAAAAAAUGAUUAAUUGACUCUUCGAGAACAACUAUAUUCGUCGUUUGCCUGACAUUUUCAUCACCGUUACCACUACAGAGACCACCAGUUUUUUGUUCUUUUCUUUGUCUUAUUACUAUCAUCAUGUCGCACCGUUUCGAAUCACCUAGUAAAUAAAUUGUAAUAAUUGUGUAAAGAAAACAAAUUAAUAAAGUAAUUUAAUAUGUAUAUAUAUGCAUAUAUGUAUGCGUGUGUGGUGUGCAUAUGUAUAUACGUGAGAAAAAGGGAGCGAGAGAGAAAGAGAAAAAAAAAGAAGUUAACUCGCAAGAGGUAUACGUAUAUUUAAUCGCUGCUGUACCGAUCGAGCGAGAUUUAGCGAUGGCUUUCUGUCGUUAAUUAAAGCCACGAAUCAAAUAUUUUGCGUUCGAUUCGAUGCUUUGGACGAAUCAUAAAUAUCAUAAAUAUAUGAUAUCCUUAUCGAGUGUCUCUGUGGAACAGAAAUGGUUAUCUGAUCAUGUACGAAGAAUUGGAAACAUCCUUUGAGAACCACUGAGCUUCGAACAUGGAAUUAGAGAUUGUCAUUAUUGUCACGGGCUAUCCCUGAUGCUCCGGUAGCUACUUCUAUUUGCAAAAAAAAAGCUACUACUAUCUUUCCGCUGAUUCCACGGAAAUUCCAAGAUGGACCAUUAAUCGUUCGUAUUAUUCACGAGAAGCAAAAAAAUGAAAUCGAGAAUUCUAUUCGAAUUGCACGUUUUGAAUGAUCGUGGCUAAAGUAGCGUAGUUAAGCACUGUAUAUGUCCGAUAUUGUACGCUUGAUGAACAGCAAACGCUUGAAUUGCGAUGAAUUGUAGUUUAUUGUUACGAUUAGACUGCGGAUUUUUAUGCAUUCCUACAGAGUUUUAAAGAUACAAAGAGAUGCAUAGAAUGCAUACAAUGUACCGAAAUAUAGAAGGCAUUCAAAGUAGUAAACUCGUUGUAAUUUUUAAUGGGUAAAACGAAUCUCUAUUUAAGUUUUAUUCUUUUAAUCGUGUCCACGAGAAAGGAAACAAGCUUGCAUAAAAGUUGCAGUCUAGUUACGAUCAUUUCCGAUUUCGUACCGUUUCGUUUUAGUUCUUCGUAUCGUACGAACUACGACGGUGGUGAGUAAUCGAUUUAAUAGCAAAACGAGGGCAAGAAACUCUGUAUCUGUAAAUUCAUUUCGCUGCGGAGCGUAUAUAUAUAUAUAUACAUAUAUAUAUAUAUGUGUGUGUAUAUAUAUAUAUAUAUAUUAUCACGAUAUUUUUAAGGACAAGUAUGUUUUUAAAUUAUAAUGGUGAUUCAUUUAAUACGAAAUUCGUCAAUAAAUAAACGAAUUAUAUUUGCUUCCGUUUUCGAUUGGUUCGAGUGGAUCGUAAACGAAAAAAAAAAAAAAAAAAAUUGUAUUCUUUUUUUACGAGUAAUUUCGUUUCUACACGAAUGUAAAGUUUAAACGAACGACGCAAUAAAAAUUUCGUAUUAAACUUCACGUGUUAUAGGCUCAAUGUUAUCAGUACUCUUUGUAAUCCUGAGAAACUAAUCUCAUUUUCUAACGUGUCUCUUACGUUUAUCGUGUAACAUCUUCUUUCGUUACAAAUAAUUACAAGUGGAAUUAAAAUGGCAAACAGCCGUACGAUACAAUUUCCGAUUAUUAACAAUUUCAUUGAUAAACGUGGCACCAUCGUUCGAACAUUUCAUCGAACCUAUUUACGAGUAUUUUUUAUUAGUAAACAUGUUUUCGUAUGAUUUCCGAUACAUGCGACUAAUUUAAGAGGCUGAUCAACUAAUUUACGCGAUUCCAAAAUCCAAAUUCCGAUAUUUGGUCGGUUCUGUAAUAUCUUCGAAGAGACGACUAAGUUGUACCUAUCACGCCCUAACAAGAAAAUAGUCUAUCGCAAGAUCCGAGCUUGUACUUCAUUCUAAAUGACAACUGUUCUAGACGUUCCACUUUCUCUGGUCCAUCUUCGAAACGUACUCGCGUAGUCGCGUGACAACGAGUCACUAUCCGUACUCCUGAUUCGUAGUAGUAGAACUAAAAUAGUUAAGACUUUAAUCAGCACGCAUCCCUUUUCCGAUCUCGAUCACGAACAGUCGUGCAUGUACAUAAGGAUGAAAUUGAGUCCCUAUUUUACGUCGUUUAACUCUCAAUUGAUACGAUUGGGAUAUAGGUGACCAAUAAUAGCUUGGAUCGAGUGGCUCGAUCAUAAAGCACUUUAUCUUAAUUUCUAUUCUAUGACAUUUAUUGCGUAAAAUACGAAAUAUAAAUGGACUCUCUAUGGAUAAACUGCGUCGUUGAUCGAUGAGCGUCUUCUCUCUAACUUUGUAUUUUCAACGAACAAGGUCUCGGACGUUUUGGUUAACAAACGAAUUUUAUACCGUGGUAAAGAUAUUCGGUUCGGUAUUACGAAACAAUUAGGUUUGAACACGAUAAAUUAAAAUUUAAUUUCACUAAGGAAAAGUGACCUAACUGAAAAAUCCAAACUAUUAUCGGGCUCGUUCGAGACUCAACGGUAUCGAUCGAGAGUUAGCAUAAAGCUUUUUUAACGACGAUCGAGAGGAAAAGGUGAACCGACGAAGCCGAGUCUUCGAGACUUUUUAGUGGAAAAUUUUAAAGACGGACCUUACGACACACACACGAUCGAAUUUUUAUAAGCUUUUUACUUUUGCACCACACUGGCGAUUCUGUCCGUACCACUUCCACGCGUUUUACCUCCAUUAAAGGUAAGAAGCGACGAAUCGAGAAGGAAAGAGUCGAGGAGAGUAAAAACCAUCGCAGUCGAUCGAUAUUUAAAGACACUGCUACUAUUUUCGCAGUUAGGGACAGCGAUUUCGAGAGAUAGGGAGAUAUUUUUCGCGAAUAGAAAGAAAAAAAAAAAAAGAAGCAGUGGCAAUAUAAGUAGUAACGUAACGAUAAUAUCUCUCAUUUCUACGAUGUAUGUAUAGUCAAGGAUAUAGUCGAAACACGUACGUGUUCUCGCACGAUUAUUAUCCCUCUGAGAUCGCCCUUUGUACAAACCUUUAUUUCUCCCGUGUAUCCAUACGCUUGAAGUACUCGCUUGUAGGAAUCUAACCAUAGGACAUCCUCUUCAGAAGUAUAUAUACUAUAAAUAUGUAUAAUCUAUAUACCUUACUGACCUGCCCAGGAAAGAAUCGACCAUUAGUUUCUCACCUUCCACGGAGAAAAACGUUCCUUGGCGUGGAUCGUUCGCGUUAUUCUUGUAAAAUUUUUCUUUUCUUUUACUUCCUUUUCCCAUCGUAUCGAACGAUAGCCGAAUUCCACGAUACUCGGGAAAAGGCGGUUAUUCGAUUUUCCGAAUGAGAUCGGGUAACUAUUCUCGCGUGGUAUUCACGCCAGAAUCGAGUUCCAUGCGGAAGACUCGUAGGCGAUCGUCCUACGCGAUUCUCUUCCCCGACUGUAUCGCUCUCUAUCAAGACUUGCUGUACUUGAUUCGAUCACGUGGCGAAAUUUUAGCGAAAGAAUACGACGAACAGGUGUAUAGAAAGUAGAGACUGUGUGUUAAGACGAGAACGAAACGCGAAGAAAACGACGAGAGUAUGAUGAGAACGGUGGGACGAGGAAGAGGAGGGACGGGUGCAAACGUACAGUUGGUCGUAGCGCGGAAAGAUAAUAGUCGUGCAAUGACGUCGAUCAGAGAUCGUACAGUCGUCUGUGAAAUGAGUGCUUAACCCCUUCCGGUAUGGUCAUGUACUAUAGUCGUACACUUAAGCCUGCGAGCCAAGUAUAGUCGCGGAUGUGCUUUUGACGAAUGUUGACUGUAGUCAAAGGUCUCGCGAGACUUCUCAUUGACUACAGUUCGCUCUUCUAGGUUUAUACGUCGGGUAAGAUUCUAUGCUGCCGUCGUUUAUAGUCACCACGAUGGUCGCUUGUUUCGGGUGACUGUAACCUUAUCGUAUCAAGUACAGAACACGUACCGGCUACGGUGACUUGCACGUGCGACUCGAGUCCUUAAGUCGAUUAUAGUCGCUGAUCUGUUACCGGCACGAUGAGUGCAACCGUUCACCCUUACGAUUAUAGUACGAAAUUAAAGUCUUUCAUCUAAGUUAACUCGUCGGCUAUAGUCGACGGUCCCUGCGUACUUAUAUACUUUUCGACUGUAAGCCGAUUAUAGUCGGCCGCCAUUAUACGCUUACUUAAGCUGCAAGUUAAGUAUAGUCAGCGGUGAAGCGCAUAUUUAGGACGUUGUUGACUAUAGUCAUACUCCCGUGCUUUGAAUCUCGAGAAUUGCGCGCGACGAUUAUAGUCAGCAAGCCGGUACGCUUUUAUAUUCGCUUGCCGACUAUAGUCGGCCAACCAUCGUGAGCACUAACCAAUCAUUCAUCGAUACUAUAAUAGAACUAUAACGACUCGGCGAGCUCUAGAAAUCUCGUUUUUACUAUACAUACUCUGUAAAGUAAGCAGCAAGAGGAAGAAAAACGUCCAUAACGCACUAUUAAUCAUCGACAGCACCGUUCACACCAGCGAUGAGCCGUAAAACGCCAUACCGAGAGGGUUACUCGUUACUCACGAUUAUAAUAGGAAAAAAAUUGUGUUAAUAUAUAUAUACAUAUAUAUCAUAUAUAUAUAUAUAUAGAUAAUUUGUGAAAUGGAGGAAGAAGAGAAUCCGCGAAUGUACCAAAUGUGGUUAACGUGAGCGAUUCGAGGAAACGAGGAGAAGAAAACGAAGCGGAAGAGAAAGGGAGUAGCGUAGUUAUUAAAAAAAUUAAGACAACUUGCCGAUCCGUGAAGGAUCAUGGCGGGCGAGGAGAAGAGAAAAAAAUGAAAAAAAAAGAAAAAAAAAACGAACGUGUGGCUGUGUGCGAGCAAAUCGGAGUGCCUGAUGCGUGUGAGCAAAAAGAAUACUCGUUCGAUGGAGAAAUAGAGUGGGAGUUUUGAGGGGGGAGGGGGGACGAAACCCAAGCAUGUAUAUACAUAUACAUGUAUGUAAUGUAUAAAAUAACAGAGCGCAUAUAUAUGAAUAUGCAUAUGUAUGUAUAGGUAAUUAAACAGAUCGCGGCGACGCUAUAUGCGAUAUUAAAGAACAAAAGGAAAAAAUGAUAAAAAAAACCUGACAGAAAGAAAAAUGAAAAAAAAAAACACUAGCGAACUCUUAUUACGAUAUUGCUAUUAUUCACGAAGAAUUGUCACCGACUUAACUUCGAGUUAUUAAAAAAGAUGACGAAGAAAAUGGAAAAAAAGAUAUAAUAACGAUGUUCUAUAUGAAUCUUGAACCACUCUAUACCGACGAAUCACGAUGAUUAAGUAACAUCGUUCGCUUCGCUACCGUUCACUUGUCGGAUGUUUUCAGUUUUACACGGUUCACACACGAGAAUAGUCGAUAAUCGGUAAUCGUAGAAAUAAAUCAGUGGAUGUGUUUUAAGCGAGGAUCGAACGCCUCCGUUCCUACGGAGACUCUAUGAUACUAUGAUUAUUAUUAUUGUAGAUUUUGUGGUUUAUUUAACAAUAAAACGAUAACACGGUUAACAGA